CAUCGGACAUGACGGAAGUGCUUCUAGUUGCAACACAGCUCGAUAUCUCUCAAACGUCUCAACUCUGAACGAUCCAUUUUCUCUUGAACUAGGCUACAAAGGUUGUGGGAAGAACCAAUCGACUGGCGAGCUUUUCUUGGCGGUUUUAAAUUGACGAUCUGUGAAUGAAACGUCAACUAUCAACAGAGGCAAUGAUUAUCAGUUGAGUCCCACAAGAAGAGAGGCUGGAAAUGGAUAGUGAAUAUGUGCCGGUAUCCCGAGAAUUCAAGAGUCGCGUCAUUGGAAGGGACGGAUGCGUGUUGAAUAACAUAAGGCAGAGAUCCGGAGCAAUAAUUACAUCCAGAUUUAAAGAAGAAGAAGGAUUUACUAUUAUUGGAGAUUACCAGCAGAGGGAAACUGCAAAAAGACUUAUUUUAGAAAAAGUGGAGGAAAUAGAGAUAACAGAGUGGGAGGAAGUGGAGAUUCCAACCGAAUACAAAGGUUUGGUGAUUGGAAAGCGCGGAGCUAACCUUUCCGAGAUAAACAAAGAAACAGGAGCAGUAGUAACUCGUAUAAGAAGAGAGGUGCAUAUUACAAAGGGAACCAAGCAACAAAGGGACCAUGUAAAAUUGCGUAUCAAACUCAAAGUGGCUUUAGCAAGACUCAGGGGCUUAGAAAACAACAGUGUUACAGUCUGCUGUUUCAUUGACGGUUGGAAUAUUUCCGAGAACUGUAAACUGAAGCUGGAGCGAGUUUCAGAAGAAGAUUGUUUGGUGCUCCCUAGCUCGCAGGCGCAGUUUCGAUUACAAUCUUCAAGAGAAUCCAGCCAACAGGUAUGUGUGAGUGACUCAAGUUAUUUAUCAAAACUUCAUGACGCCACGUUGGAAACAUUGCGGAAACUGAAUGCUGAAAAGGAUUCAAGCAACCAGUUAGAAGCUGACAUGUGGUGUCAUUUUGGAUUGGCCAAGAUUCGUGGGCCGAGUGAAGAGGACAUUGAGAAAGGAGACUGGAGCAUAGAUGAUGCAUCAGCAAUGUUUCAAUCGUCAGAGGAAGGAAAUCAUUGGAGGGUUGCUUUUCAAGAAGGCGUGAAUUUCAUUGAGGACAUAUUCAGGGGAUAUUAUUAUGAUAAUACACCAAAAGAAUACCUCGACUACGCCGCAAGAUAUGACUUAACUUUUCUCACUCCAUGCAGUCGUCAAGUGAGAUGUAAGGUCUGGGUGGCUAGGAAGGAUGUUAAGAAAAACUUGGAAGGCAUUCCAGUCCCAUUUAGUGACGUCAAGAACAUCCUGAAAAAAAUUCACUUUACUGAUGAAGCCACUCGGUCGCAAAGUCGAGGCUGGAUAGUUCUCCCAUCGCGAAGAUAUUUGCAAGCAGAUAUUUUAUUUCCUGGGUGCGAGUUCGAUUGCAGACUCACCAUACGUGAGCGAACAGGGAACGCCACUGAUCUAGACCAUGUACCGAAAGAAGAUGUAAUACGCGUGUUGGCAGAUUAUCUUUCUGAGAUUACUUUGAAGGAAGACGACUCCUUUGGACUAAAACUCCCCGAGAAGAAGAUCCCAGAAGGAUUUCAUUUGAUCCACAAACGGUUUUCCAAACGAAUUGUCUACAAGUCUAAGCCAGGUUUCAGUGUCAUUCUUUCGAGGGAACGAUCGUGGCGCUUUGCUGCGAAUGAUAAAGGAUCCAGAGAAUCGACUGAUCUUCACCUACAUUGCGAAGAGUGGGACAGGUUACUCAGUAGUGGGCAGUGGGAACCCGAGAUGAUUGUCAGAAAGUUACCCGAUUUUCUCGAAUUUGUCAAAGAAGUUCAAGGCUUUGUUGUUGGAAAGAUAAUGAGAAAUGGGCAAGAAAGGAUAGUUCCUCCAGAGAUUCUUGCAAGAGGACCUCUCGCUUUACAAGCCUAUUACCACGCCCUGGAUGAAGGAAAGAUCUGCGAUAGAAGAGUACCGCUGAUGUUGGUUGGACAAGACCGAUCCGGAAAGACUAGCUUGAAGAAAUCGUUAAAGGGCUUACGUUUCAACGCAAAAGAGGAGAGCACUGUGGGCAUUGAUUUAGAUCCGUACCCUUUUGAAGUGACCACGGAAAUGUGGAUGACAGGAAAAAAGAAUGAAGAGGGGAACGUUGAUCAAGAAGCUCUAUCAUUUGAACAAAAUGCAGCACGGUUGGCUGCUGACACAUUGAGGACUACAGAAACCGUCACUGAGCUAAGUAAGGGAAACAAUCUUGGGAAAGGAGAUGACUAUGAUAUUGACGGGACAGAUGACCUCUUGGAGGCAACCUCCAGUGAUUCAUCGAGUGGCUUUGUUGGAACUGAGCAAACUGAGGAUCUGUUAUCCACCGAAAGUAGCUUUGAUGAAAAUCGUUCGCCGGUGAGACAAGUUCCUGAUCCAAAAAAAAUGGAAUCCAAAGAUGACUUACCCAAUCCCACACCAGAACAGGCAUCACAUUUUGAAGAAAUUGCUACAAGAAUUGCAAGUUUACUUAAAGAAAAAGAAAAGAGAAGAGAGAAUGAGGCUGACGAUGUCUACUCAAUUCUGUGGGAUUUUGCCGGACAAUCUGUUUAUUACGUAACACAUCCCCUUUUUCUUACAGCAAGAGCCAUCUAUUUUCUUGUUUAUAAUCUCGGCUUGAAUCCAAACGCAAUAGCCGAGCCGCCAGUGAAACCCGGAGUAUACACAGAGCCCCAAGAUAGUUUUGACCAGAAAACUAACCUGGAUUACUUAGAUUUCUGGAUGAGUUCAAUAGCUUCUUUAGCAACAUAUCACGAAGGCAAGGAUAUGGAUACUGGAUUCGAGGCACUUCCAAAGCGAUUGCCUUUGGUUUUCCUGGUCUGCACUCACGCUGAUAAACCUUAUGAGGGCAGAGAUCCACACAAACUUGCAGUUGAAGUGUAUGGAACUUUGAAGGAGAGACCUUAUGGUGCCCAUUUGUAUGGUUUGUAUUGUGUAGAUAAUACAAAGUCCGGCUGUGAGUCUGAGUGUCAAGAAGUCGGACGUCUGCGAAAGGAAGUUCUCGCUGUUGCUAAGAAACUGCCACAUAUCAAGGAGGUGAUUCCAGUUAAAUGGUUAAAGUACGAAAAAACUCUCCAAAGGAGGAAAAAGGGCGGGGACAAUUUUAUUUCGCUCGAAACAGCAAAAAGCAUUGCAAACGAGGAAUGCGACAUCAGAACUGAAAACGAGUUCAAGACGCUGCUCAACUUUCUGCAUGACCUAAGAAUCUUGAUCCAUUUUGAUGACACAGCAGAACUGAAUGAUCUAGUGAUCCUCGAUUCUCAGUGGUUGAUCGACGUGUUUAAGAAGGUUAUAACUGUUAAGCCCUACCACCCUGAAGAGGAGCCCUUUUUAGAAUUAUGGAAGAAGCUUGAAAAUAAAGGAAUCUUGCAGGAACAGCUUUUGGAACAUGUUUGGGAACCUCAGUUAAUCGGCGGCAGAGAAAAUUCUGAAAAAUUAAUUGCAUUAAUGGAGAGAUUUAGCUUAUUGUGUUCGUGGCCUUCACCUGGUGGCAAGCAGUACCUGGUACCCUCCAUGCUAAAGUCACCACCACCAGAGGGUGUCUUGAAUUUGGUUUCUUCUGCACAAGUGCCUUCACUCGUUAUAAAGUUUGAGUCUGGUCAAGUCCCUGCUGGCCUUUUUCCCAGAUUAGUUUUACAGUUCUUUCAAUGGGGAAAAGAGGAGUUUUGGAGACCAGUGCGUCCGAAGCUGUUUCACAGCUUUUCCAGGUUUUACACGUCUCAAAAUUCCGGAUGCUCAGUAAUUCUUCUGUGUCACUCGUCUUAUAUCGAGGUUGUCUACCAUCGAUGUAACGAAAAUGAUGGCUUGGUAAAUGCUCUGCGAUCCAGCUUCUCCCAGAAGUCAAUGGACACGUUAUACAAUGAGAAUGAUUUAACUUGUGUCCAGGUUGUCUGUAGACAGUUGAACUUGAUUCUGGAGUGUAUGCGUAAUCAGUUUCGCUGGCUGAACAGCAUGAAAUACAAGAUGGGUAUCUUCUGUCCAAUCUUCGCAUGCUGUGAGCAGAGGGCUAUCGACUACUGUGAAAAGCAUCAAAGUUUAAAUUGCAAGCAAGAGGAAUGCCUUCACUUUUGGCCGGAGUCUGAGCUGCGCGCAUCCAAGGGAGACGCAUGUUGUUUGGAAUCUGAUUUUGCAUGUAUAAACAGAUUCAAUCCUGAGCACUGUGCUCCUUGGUUUUCAUCUCAGGAGAACUGGGUGGCACAUUAUGAUAAACUUUUGUCCCUUGAUAAAGGUGAAGGAGCUAGGACGCUGUCUCUCCCUGGUGAGGUUGUAGACACCCUUUUGUCACCUUCAAAUGAUUGCAAAGAAGUUGUACGACAACUAGAAGAAAAAUUUAAUCUGGAUGAUGCUGCCUUGCAAAACCCUGAUCCUGAUAACAAGGUACUGAUUCGUGCCCUGGCGAGAAAGGCUAACAAUGCAGACCGAAGUGAUGUAGUUGAGGAGCUGAGAAAAAUUGUGCCGGCAGGGACAACAGCUCCAAUUUUACCGGAGAGCCUUCAUGUUCGAGAAAUCCCUUUCAGUCAACUAAGAAAGCUUACUAUCACCUUAAGCGGUUGUCGCACAGGGUGACCCCCAGUACUUUAUGAGAGCUUACUUCUUCGGUGAGUGUUAUUAACUGUGAGCUGGACUACAUCUGGAUCUUUCUUCAGCCAAUGUCGAGAUGUCUUCCAGGUCAGACUGUAUGAUUAAUGGGGAGCCAAAUUUCCAUUGAUUUGACUUGAGAGGGGAUAUGCAUGGUAGGUCAUCGACCAUGACAUGGGUGAGUUUUGGCCCUAGCUUAGUCUCUUUUGAAACCCCAGCAUGUGCUGGAGCCCACUUGGAUAGCAGUCCAUCAUGCUUCACUGCUCGUAAUACCCGCCUAUGUUUAGCAGCUUAAGAGCUACUAACCAUAAAUAUCGAGAAUCCGGCAAGAGAUCAUGUUUUGGUACAAACUGAAGAUUGGCCUUGACUUUUAACUUCCUAACACCAACCCAAAACAUGAGGUCUUGUGUCACAGCCGUUCGACGGAUCCAAUAACAUUU